AUCCCUGGCCAGCCGGCCGGGAGGAAUGUGUGCCCUGGUCUGGAAGUGUCGGGUGUCACUGCCUCUGCAGGGUCACUAUAAAGGACGUGAUAGCUGCUAGCUCCUAGCCAGAAGCCUAAGCAAGCACGUUGAGAGUGACCGCAACACAGCAUUAAUCUCUACCCGCCUUCCACUCUCUACUGGAGGGCAAGGAGACGAGACCUUUUUGCUGCUGAACAGAUAUUCGUAGAACCACCGUAGAAAGAAAGAAGUAUCUUGUAUCGGGACGUGGUGCAAGGAAGUCCUUUCAGCAUUUCAGUCAUGGAUGUCCAGAGGACUGGGUCGGUGGUCCGUCCCCCCAGCCCCAUGGAGAGCCUUGAGAAGCAGCUUAGCUGCCCCAUUUGCUUGGAAAUGUUCACCAAGCCGGUGGUCAUCCUGCCUUGCCAGCACAACCUGUGCCGUAGUUGUGCCAGCGAUCUUUAUGACUCGCGCAACCCCUACCGCUUCUCCGGUGGCGUCUUCCGCUGCCCCACCUGCCGCUUCGAGGUUGUGCUGGACCGCCACGGCGUGCACGGACUCCAACGCAACCUCCUAGUGGAGAACAUCAUCGACAUCUACAAGCAGCAGCAGGAGGGCAGCAACACCGGCGGCAGCGGGAACCCGGAGCCGUCCCUGAAGCCCAAGGAGUCCAAGGAACCCCUGUGUCAGGAGCAUGAGGACGAGAGGAUCAACAUCUACUGCAUCACCUGCCAGGUGCCAACCUGCUCCAUGUGCAAGGUGUUCGGCCAGCACAAGGACUGCGAGGUGUCGCCGCUGUCCAGCGUCUACCAGACCCAGAAGGCUGAGCUCAGCAACGCCAUCGACACGCUGGUCGCCAGCAACGGGCGUCUGCAGGCCCUGCUCCACCAGAUGGAGGACUCCUGCCGGGCCGUGCAGGAGAACUCCCAGCGUGCCAAGCAGGGCCUGGCCGAGCACUUCGACCUGCUCUAUGCCGUGCUGGAGGAACGCAAGGGCCUGAUGCUGGAGCAGAUCGGGACAGAGCAGGACCAGAAGGUGGCGGCCCUGAGGGCCCUGGCCCAGCGCUACGGCGAGCGGCUGCUGGCCAGCUCGGAGCUCACGGACACCGCCGUGAGGGCCCUGGAGCAGGGCGGCGCUGCCGAGUUCCUCCUGGCCUCCAAGGGCCUCAUAUUGCGGACCAAGGACGCGGCCAAGGGCUCCCUGGGCGAGGAGAGGCCUGAGCCAGGGUUUGAGAAGAUGGACCACUUUACCCUGUCCACGGAACACGUGGAGGCGGUCCUCUCUAAGAUGGACUUCGGACUGCCUGAGGAGGAUGAGUUUGAGGAUGCAGAGGAGGAGGAGUAGGGCGUAUUUAGUGAUGGACUUUUGAAUAACGAAUGUGAUUUUGCAGGUUUCUUGACCUCAAUGUUAUGGCAGGGACUCCAGUUGCAAUAGGAGAUGGUGCAGGAAAGUCUGUUGGUUGUUAUUUUUGGCAUUGGUUAACCGAUAUGUUAAAUCAAAUGUGAGCGCAAUCGUAUUGUUUUACUGCUGUUUUCUAAUUUUUAUACUUUUAUACUACUACAACACCAUUAUACUGAUAUUCCUCAACAUGAUUUUGUGUGUUAGUUCGUACAUUUUGUUUACAUUGAGCAUCUUCAUAAUGUGUAGUUAACAUGAAUAGUAGUUUCACUCUCAUGUUGUUUGAAUGCAUCUCCUUUAUGUUUCAUAAUUUUCCACAUAAUUGUUUGCAGUAAAUGCAUGUACCAGGAUAAGAAUCCACCUGAGAGCUGAAAAUAAACCUAAUAUAAAGUAGAAACUGUGUCCUGGUCUUCCCUUUGGCUUACACUGAUUUUAUCAUUGAUGCGAUCGAAUAUACAAUGCAAAGAGGUUAUCGUCGAGAAGUGAUUCUGAUCUCUUUCUCUUGGACUAACAGAGGUUCUCCCUGAUAGCUUUUGAUCUCUCUUAGCAAGAGAUGGGUUUUAAAACAAACAAAACAAACACAAAGGCGAGAGCCUGGCUGUUGCCUUUGCUUGUGAAGCACAGUGAGGUGGUGGGAUGG